AGAUACUCGGCGACGGACAGGGCCGCGCUCCGUCUUCUUGGGUCACCGAGCAAGAAGCAGCGGCUUGUGGCGCACGGGACUUUGUCACUGCCGUCGUUGGACGACAUCCAUCACGCGCUGUCAGCCGUACCAUUCCCCCCUUUUUCUUCACCAAAUCCUCGAGACCCUUGCCCAACCCUCCCCUCAGCCUACCUACUCCGGAGACGGCGGCGCACAUGAUGGGCGGCAACGAGCCUGGCGACGGAGUCACCACUCUGCGCCUACCAAAAAGUCAGGUUAGCGUCGCGAGCCCCGCGGGAUCCUCUGUUACCUCCCGCAGCUGGUCGUCAACCGAACUCCCCAGCCUAUCCCUCAGCCUUGAUGGUUGGCCCCAGCCAUCUGUCGUGCAGCUGCUCCAGGGGAUCGGAGCGAUCGAACUGCUGGAAGAAGACGAGCGGCCCACAUUUAUCGUUUACCUCGACGAUCCGAGAAACGCCCAACCUGGUCCCCUGAAUAUACUUUACGCGAAUGUCGUUCUGAGGACAGCACCCGGUCUCUUGGAGCUAUUGCAGCACGUCUCGGAACAGUCGCAGCCUGACCCCGAAUUCUCCGAGUUCAGGGCGUGGGCGGUCAGCUCGGUGCAUGAAAAGAGUAGCCCAAACGCGCCCGUUCCCUCCGUCACAUACGCCGGGCUCCUAUGGACCUGUUCCACUCUCCGGAAGCGGUUCCGCAUCAUCCGUGGUUACCAGAACACACUUUUCAAUACUCCCACAUCAUCGCCGAGCCAAACUCGGGAAGUACAACAACCCUCUCCGACCCCAGACCUGGCAUCAAACGGGCCGUGGGCAGGUCGGACUCCGGAACUGCCCAGGGAGAGCAGCGACUACUUUGGGCAAGUCGGCAGGACGCAACUUCGUUCCCGCUCGGAGCCCCCGAGCAGGGCAGAGUCAGCCGCGGACACCGUCGUCCGACCCCUUGACGACCUUGCGCUCUCGUCUCCGCCUCUGCGCACGACGUUUGACUGGACGCGCAUUCCCCUCGAUGACCCCAACCUCCCCGCCCAUUACCUUUUUGCGCGAUCGAUUGACUGGGCGGCCACCUCGCUCGGGCCGAUAGAGCUGUGGCCGUUCGAGCUGAGAAUCAUGUCCAGCAUGGUACUGGGCAGUCCUCAUCCGGCGGCGCUUUACUGGGGCCGAGACCACGUCGCCAUUUACAACGAGGCGUACGUUUCCCUCGCUGGCCAAAAACAUCCCCGCUUGAUGGGCUCUCGGUACCAGGACGCCUGGCCGGAGAUCUGGGACGAGGUCAAGCCUGUCUUCGACGCCGCCUGGGAAAGCGGCUAUGCGACGAUGAAGAACGACGAUACCCUCUUCAUAUCACGUAACGGCUUCACGGAAGAAACGUUUUUCAAUUGGGCAAUGAUCCCGCUGGUUGGCGGCGACGGCACAGUGGUGGCCAUAUACAACCCCGCGUUCGAAAACACCCGCCGGCGGAUUGUUGAGCGGAGAAUGCUGACGCUUCGGGAGAUCGGCAUCAGGACGGCGCAGGCCCGUGACGUGAAGGGAUUUUGGGCCCAGCUCCAGAAGGGCCUGGAAUUCAAUGAGCUGGAUGCCCCCUUUGCCCUCCUCUACUCGAUCGGCGAAGACGGCGGCAUUGAAAUCUCGUCUCUCCACCCGGGGAGCCUCGCGCAUCCGCCGCAGAUCGUACUGGAAGGCUCCAUCGGCGUACCCGACGGCCAUCCCUGCGCCGUUACGGCCAUAGACUUGCAGACCAGCGACGAAGGAUUCGCCCCCUAUAUGAGGGAGUGUCUGACGAACUCGGCCUCUCCAAUCGUCCUCAGCGAGGCGGACGGUACCUUGCCGGCGGAGCUGAUUCAGGGCCUUUCCUGGGCCGGGUACGGAGAUCCGUGCCGUACCAUCGUCGUCUUCCCCGUGCAUCCCACGACGGGGGGGGAUGGGGUGGUUGUUGGGUUUAUCGUCCUGGGCACGAACCCGCGGCGUCCAUUCGAUGCGGAUUACCAACUCUUUGUAAGCCUCCUCUCGCGGCAGCUCGUCACUUCGCUCGCGUCUGUUGUCCUCUUCGAAGAGGAGAUCCGGCGCGGGCAGAAGGCCGCCCGCCUCGCUGCUCUGGAUCACCAGGAGCUCUCGUUGCAGCUCCAUCUCCGGACGCUAGAGGCUGUCGAAAGCGAAUAUCGCUUCACCAGGAUGGCCGAGCUCGGCCCCGUGGGCUUAUUCAUUGCUGACGGUCACGGAAAGAUCAACUACUGCAACGAGAUGUGCUCCAGGAUAUCCGGGCUCCCGCGGAACGCUAGCACCUUCGCCGCGUGGAUGCAGAGCAUUCGUGACGAGGACCGGCACGGCACAGAGCUCGCCUGGCGCCGCGUCGUCGAGGAGAAGACUGCCGUGACGCACGAGUUCCGGUUCGAGGGCUCUAGGGAACUCAUUGACGGCCACCUGGUCGACGUCUGGGUGCUGAUGAGCGCCUACCCCGAGAGAGACGAGCUCGGGGAGCUCAAGAGCAUCUUUGGCUGCAUCACCGACAUCUCGCAACAAAAGUGGGCCGAAAGCGUCCAGAAGCGGCGACGAGACGAAGCCGUCGAGCUUAAGCGCCAGCAAGAGAACUUUAUCGACAUAACCAGUCACGAAAUGCGGAAUCCGCUGAACGCCAUCCUGCAAAGCGCCGAUGAGAUAUCAUCGGGCCUGAGCCGAUUCCGCCAGGCAGGGGCGUCGGCUCGGGCGCCCGGCGCCAUAGACGCCCUGGUCGACAGCUGCGUAGAGGCGGCCAGCAUCGUUUCGCUGUGUGCAAACCACCAGAAGCGCAUCGUGGACGACAUCCUAACUCUCUCCAAGCUCGACUCGAACCUGCUUCUCGUAACGCCGGUCGACGUGCAACCUAUUACCGUGGUUCAGGACGUCCUCAAGAUGUUCGAGAUCGAGCUCGGCUCGCACAAGAUCGACGGCCACAUGAACAUAGAACAGUCGUACCAGGACUUGACCGUCGACUGGGUGAAGCUGGACCCGUCCCGGCUUCGUCAGGUCCUCAUCAACCUGAUGACCAACGCGAUCAAGUUUACCCAAGGGCGGCCGACGCGCUCGAUCGUGAUAAGCCUCGGGGCGUCCAAGGAUGCUUUGAAGGACAGCUUCUCGUACAUUCCCUCGCGGAAGCCGACUCGAGAGGAUUUCACAGACGAGGCUGACUGGGCUGACGGCGAAAAGGUCAAUCUGCACUUCGCCGUCACGGACACCGGCCCGGGCCUGGACGAGAACGAGAAGCGUAUCCUGUUCCAGAGGUUUGGCCAAGCAAGCCCACGAACCCACGUUCAAUACGGCGGCUCCGGCUUGGGACUCUUCAUCUGCCGCACAUUGACCGAGCUGCAGGGCGGCCAGAUCGCGGUGCAGUCCGAGAAGGGCCAGGGAAGCACUUUUGCCUUCUACAUCAAGGGGCGCAAAUCGGACCACCCACCAGACACCUCGCGACUACGGACGCCCUCACCGAACGAAGACCUACCUCUGCCGUCACCUAUACAGAGCGUGCCCAAGCAGGAGACACCGUCGCCAGUUCCCCCGGCCACACCGACCACGGAAGCCGCCCAGCAUCCCCUGCCGCCGUUUCCCUUGCCUCAGUCCCCCAAGCCGCAGCCCGAGACACGGCGACUCGACGUCCUGGUGGUGGAGGACAAUCUGGUGAACCAGAAGGUCCUGAAGAGGCAGCUGGAGCUCGCAGGGAGCAACACCUACGUUGCCAAUCACGGCGGCGAGGCUCUGGCCGCUCUGAGGCGGUCUCGUUUCUGGAGCGAGACGGCUGCCGCGCCCGCCGAGGACACGGCUACCGAAUCGUCCCCGCCGACUCCCGAACCAGAGGCGGUUGGAGACAGCAACAGCCACAACAUCUCGGUCAUCCUGAUGGACCUUGAGAUGCCCGUCAUGGACGGCAUCAGCUGCACGCGCGAGAUCAGGCGGCUGGAACGCCAGGGCGCCAUCACCCAGCACGUACCCAUCAUCGCCGUCACGGCCUAUGCACGGCCAGAGCAAGUCGAAAAUGCGAAGGCUGCAGGCGUUGAUGGCGUCAUCUCGAAACCGUUCCGCAUCUCGGAACUAAUACCUGAGAUCGAGGAGCUGGCCCUCAAAUAUGGUGACAUGGCGCCGAAACCUUGUUGACAGUUUCGCGGCAUGGAAUCUGUUUUCGGUUUCCCCUCGCGUUGGAAUGAAGAAGAAGACACCUGUGUAGGUUGUUCGGAGUAUUAUUAUUAGCACGUCCUUUCCUUGUUGGAUGACUUGCCAGAAGGGCGGGAUUCCCAAAGGGAGACAAAAAAAAGAAAAGGAAAGAUGAUGAUUUAUUGGCGAAUGAAUUUCCAGGUGCUGGUGAUUUGUUAUGAUGGCUAGGUCAUAUACGCACUUUAUUUUCUUGGAGAGAAUGGCGGGAAGGCGGCGUGGCAUUUGUGUUUGUGCAUGCUUUGUCCUCUGCAUAGGGGCCCGCCAUGGGGUUGAUUGAUGGUAACGAGCGGCGUCGAGGAAAGAGAGGGUGAGAUGGGCAAGAUAUAGGGGACGGAUUAGAAACUAUUA